AUCCCAUGCAUGUAAGGGCCAACGUGCGUAGGCUAGGGCUAGGGUUAGGUUACAUUAACUUCACCUUUGCCUUCUCCCUCUGUACCGAGAUAUAUAUAUGUACAAUGUAUGGUGAAGCUAGGGUAAGAUAAUAAGAUCAGUAGCGAGAGAGUCUUCAAGCUCUCCUCACCCGUGGACUAGUCCUGAUACAUCAGGGAUACCACGUAAAUCUGUUGUUCCGUUCUUAUUUCGUUCAAUAUGUCUAACAUGGUAUCAGAGCCAUCGUCCGGCGAUUCUGAUCACCUCAGUAUUCGUCUCGAUUCAAAGAACUAUGCUGUCUGGGAAUUUCAAUUCCGUAUUUUUGUUGAAGGCAAGGGUCUAUUGUCGAUCCUUGAUGGUACGUCGAAGAAGCCUACCGUUCCUCCUGCUACCGAGCAGGCUCUUGAACGCUGGACGCAGAAUAAUGCUCGCGUGAAGACGUGGAUCCUGGGUUCCGUGGAUCCCUCGAUCCUCCUUGGGCUCCGCUUGUUCUCGACUGCUCAUGAGAUGUGGUCUCAUCUCGCUGUGACCUACACUAUCCGCAACACCGCCCGCCAGUUCGCUCUUGAAACUGAACUCGCCGCGCUGAAGCAAGGAGAUCGUGAUGUAUCUGCCUACUACAACGAAUCCGUUCAUCUGUGGACUGAAGAAGAUCUUCUUCUCGCAUCUCUUAGUCCCGCGCAGGUCACCGCCGAUGUGCGCGCCGAUCGCACUCGCUCUCGCCUAAUGCGCUUCCUCAUGAAACUCCGUCCGGAGUUCGAAUCUGUAAGGUCCUCUCUUCUCAAUCAAGAAAAUAUUCAGUUUGAUGGCGUCUUGGGUAGAUUACUGCAGGAGGAGACGCGUCUCCGAGCCCAAGAACAGAUUGAUGCUCGCCCGGUUGCUGGCGAGACUGUCUUCUCCGUGGAGCGCACCUCUGACUUCGACGCUUCAGCCUAUGCAGCGCAGCGGGCACAGUUCCAGCGUCGACCAGCCUCCGAGCUUACCUGCAUUUUUUGUGACGAGAAGGGUCACGUGCAAAAGCACUGCCGCAAACACAACUUCUGUGUGUACUGUAAACGCACAGGUCACAUAAUUAGUGACUGCCGCACCUUGAAGAAUCGCACCAUGUAUGCAGCUGCUGGAAACCCAGGUGCUGGUCGCCAUGACUCUACUCCUCCACCUCGGGCUGCUUCAUCCGGACCUCAUGCGUUUGCUGUCCAAUCCGCCAGUGCCGCUAGCUCGUCAUUGUCGGCUGAAAUUGUUGACAAGAUGAUCAAUUCUGCCAUUCAGAAAUCCAUGCCUGCGGCGAUCAACUCUGCAUUUGCAGCCCUUCAAGUCUCAGGUAAAGCUAAACCGUGGUUACUAGACUCUGCUUGUUUCAAUCACAUGACUAGUGAUUCCACUUCGUUGCAUCAAUUGAAACCGGUUAAGAACUUGCAGCUUCAAGUGGCAAACGGUUCUCACCUCCCCGUUGCUGGCAUGGGUUCCUUGGCUAAUGCUCAUGUUCAGCUUAAUAAUGUUCUCCAUGUUCCUAAAUUAUAUCCUAAUUUGGCUUCGGUAGGCCAGCUUACUGAUGAGAACUGUUCGGUUUUGUUCGCACCGACCGGGUGCUUUGUGCAGGAUCUGACGACGGGGAGGCUGAUCGGAAGGGGGAAUAAAUGCGGCCGAACUUUUACCUUGGACAGGUUGUCGAGUCGAGAGUCUUCUUCUGCUUUUCGGCCUAUUGUCAAUGCUCGGGUGUCUAGUGAUCUCGGUUUUCCUAGUGUCUCGCCCGUCAUUUUGUCUGAUGAGUCGAAUAGUCAGUGGUUUUUAUGGCAUCGUCGGUUAGGCCAUCCCAACUCUAAUCGGUUACAACAUAUGUUUCAACAGAAGUUACUUGGUGAUAAAACAGUUUUUCCUUCCACUUCUCUAUCUUGUUCUGGGUGUGUUGAGGCAAAGGCCAAAAGCAUUUCAUUCCCAUCUAGUACAACAGUUAUUUCUGAUCCAUUUCAUCUCAUUCAUACAGACCUCUGGGGCCCUGCUCCUUUUACCUCUCGAAAUGGAUAUAAAUAUUUUGCUUUGUUCAUCGAUCAUGCUACUCGUUAUACUUGGGUUUAUUUUCUUCACUUAAAAUCCGAGUUGUAUGAUGUUGCUGUUGAAUUUCUCACCAUGAUUCGUACUCAGUUUGGGAGGAAUGUCAAAAUGCUCCAUUCAGAUCCUAGAGGAGAGUUUAGCUCAACACCAUUACUUGCUUAUUACAAAUCCCAUGGAAUUCUUUAUCAAAAAUCCUGCCCGAGUGUCUCGCAACAGAAUGGCGUUGUUGAGCGAAAAAAUCGCCAUUCUGUUGAGCUUACUAGAGCUCUUUUACUUGCCUCCUCCGUUCCCUCUCAGUUCUGGCCUGAAGCAGUGGCUACUGCUAUUCGUCUUAUCAAUUACCAAGUAACACCCAUUCUCAAAAAUGUUAGUCCCUAUUAUGCUCUUCGUUCCUUCCAUCCUCCUUAUGCGCGCCUUCGCGUAUUUGGCUGUCUCUGUUUCGUCCUUCUUCCUCGUCGUGAGCGUGAUAAACUGUCUUCUAAAACGUCUCGUUGUGUGUUCCUGGGGUAUAGUGACAUCCACAAAGGGUAUUUGUGUUAUGAUCCUUCUGCUGAUCGUAUUCGUAUCUCGUGUCAUGUUGUGUUCUUUGAAAAUGUCAUGUACUAUGAGUCCUUGUCUAGUUCCUCCGAUCCUCCAUUGUUUUCGUCGACUCGGCUCCCUGUCUUUGAAGAUGAUGGUGAACAGGAUGAAGAACCCCCUCCCGAGACUCCUCCCGAGACACCUCCUGGUUCUCCCGACUCGCCCGGUUCCUCCUCUAGCUCGUCGUCCGACUACUCCGUGGCGUCUCCUGACGUCGCAUCCUUCAGCUCGGCCGAGAGCUCCCCACCACCUGCAGCUGUUCGAAGGUCCACUCGGGCCAAUUUUGGAAAGCCACCUGCUAGGCUUGGUGAAUUUUAUGCUCACAGUGUCACUCCCAUUACUAUUCUGACCCGCUAUUCACACGCAAAGAAUGAUCCUCGGUGGCAAGCUGCCAUGGGUGAGGAGUUUUAUGCUCUUGAUCAGAACCAUACUUGGUCAAUUGUUGAUUGUCCUCCUCCUUCCACUCCCGUGGUAGGUUGUCGUUGGGUUUACAUGGUGAAAUAUCAUCCUGACGGCAGUUUGGAGCGGUUUCGGGCACGUUUGGUUGCACAGGGAUUCACACAGGAAUAUGGCAUCGAAUUUGAGGAGACUUUUGCUCCAGUGGCUAAGAUGCCCACUGUUCGUACUCUUCUCGCUGUUGCUGCCGUUCGUAAUUGGCCGUUGUUUCAGUUUGAUAUCAAGAAUGCCUCGCUUCAUGGUGACUUGAAGGAGGUUGUGUAUAUGGAGAUUCCGCCUGGGCAUCCUGAUAGUUCUCCGGGCAAGGUAUGCUUACUUCAUCGUUCUCUGUACGGUCUCAAACAGGCUCCCCGAGCCUGGUUUGAGAAAUUUCAGCAGACUAUUUUGGGUUUUGGCUUUCACCAGAGUCGUAAUGAUCCGUCCCUCUUCACUCGUACUACUCCUCGUGGCCGUGUUGUUCUUUUGAUAUACGUCGAUGACAUGAUUUUCACUGGCGAUGAUCUGGAUGGUAUCUCCAAGCUGAAGGCUGAUCUCCAUGCUCAUUUUCACCUCAAGGAACUCGGCCACUUGUCUUAUUUUUUGGGCAUUGAAGUACAUCGUACUGAUCGUGGUAUUCUCUUGUCUCAGCAUAAAUACAUUAAUGAUCUUCUUGAUGAUCACCGGUUUGCAGACUGUCUUCCUGUUCGCACUCCUAUUGAGCUUAACUUGAAGCUUGGGAAGGAUUCUGGCACUCCGUUAGCAGAUGGUCGCAUCUAUCGCAGUAUUGUUGGCAGUCUCAUUUACUUGGUUGCUACUCGACCCGACAUCGCCUAUGCUGUACAGGUUGUAAGUCAGUUCAUGGCUGCCCCUCGCACUGACCAUUUGGCUGCCGUCCACCGUAUUCUUCGAUAUCUUCAAGGGACUCGAGAUGUUGGCCUUUUUCUUCCUUCGACUGGUGAUUUUCAGUUACGAGCCUAUUCUGAUUCCGACUAUGCGGGUUGUAUUGAUACCCGUCGCUCUACGACGGGCUGGUGUAUCCAAUUUGGCUCAGCUUUUAUUUCAUGGCGAUGCAAGAAGCAAGACAAGGUUUCCAAAUCGUCUACCGAGGCGGAAUGUCGAGCUAUGUCUGAUUGUGGUUCAGAGAUGGAGUGGUUGUCCCGAUUACUUGGUGAUCUUGGUGUAGCUAUUCCUACUCCGAUGGUUCUUCAUGUCGACAAUACGAGCGCCAUCCAGAUCGCGGUUAAUCCGGUGCUUCAUAAUCGUACCAAGCAUAUCGAGGUUCACGUUCACUAUAUUCGUGAUCUUGUUGGUGCUGGUACUAUUCGGAUGCGCUAUAUUCCCACCGAAGAACAGGUCGCUGAUCUACUUACCAAGUCCUUCACCACAAGUCGUCACUGGUUCCUAUCUGGCAAAUUGAUGCUUCGAGACCAGCAUCAAUUUGGGGGAGGCUGUUAGAGCCCACGAGGGCCUCGUACAUAUAUAUAUAUAUAUUGUGGGCCUUAAGCCCAUGCAUCCUAUGCGUGUAAGGGCCGACGUGCGUAGGCUAGGGCUAGGGUUAGGUUACAUUAACUUCACCUUUGCCUUCUCCCUCUGUACCGAGAUAUAUAUAUGUACAAUGUAUGGUGAAGCUAGGGUAAGAUAAUAAAAUCAGUAGCGGGAGAGUCUUCAAGCUCUCCUCACCCGUGGACUAGUCCUGAUACAUCAGGGAUACCACGUAAAUCUGUUGUUCCGUUCUUAUUUCGUUCAAUAUGUCUAACAGAUUAUUCCAUGCGGUGGCGUCUACUCCCGGCAUCUCCUGUCGUUUCUUCCUCUUUUUGAUACUUGUGCAAGUUUCUUCUUCCUCUUGUAUUGCUGGUUGAUGGCCUGGUGAGGUUUGAUUGCAGAGCUAAAGGCUAACGGGAUUGGAAGAUAUAGACAAGGGUGUGGCGUCAAUCUCACCAACCUAAUCUUCCAUAUGAGUUGUGGGGCGCCGUCGACAUCACAUUAAUUAAAUCUGUUAGCGGAAGCCAAAACCAGGGACUAAGAUGGUGGUGCUCGACAUAGGCGAUCGAGGCAACGAUGACUAAUAUUAAUAUGGUGGCUGUCGAAAUAGGCGGCCAAGGCAACGGCUAGGAAAAUCGACAUUCGAUUGGAGGUUCUAUUCGAGAAAAAAGACAUGGAAGUAAAUCGCCGGCGACAGAACGCCGGCUAGCGAUACUGACAGCGAGGGAGAAGGGCGUUUCCGAACUCGGGAUUCAGGAGUCAGGAGGUCGUCGGCCAGCGAAAUCCUCCGGCGUCAGCGAAAACGAAGGAGGGGGACUCAGAGCCGACGGUUACAGUUUCUCUCUAGGCGAAGGAUUGAACGCCACCAAUGGGGAGACCACCCCACUGCCCAACAAUUAUUUUAUAUUGGGUUUUUUUAUUGAUUUGGGAUAUAAAAUAAUUAAAAUCAA